AUGGAGGGACACAGUGGCGAACCCUCAGUCCCUCCCCAACUGGACAAGAGCCCACCAGGGCACGACAUCUUUUGCACUCCAGAGAACAAAAUCUUCCUAUCGACAAACCCAUACCAGGCACUCGAUCCCACUCGUCGAGACAUCCGCCUUCUCAAAGUGCUUCCAGACUCAGGUAGCGGACUGGUCGAGUGCGAGUUGCUGCCCAGCGCACCUAUUGCCGAGCUACGGGGCAAAUACUUGGCACUCUCUUAUUGCGCCGGCGACCCACGAAAUACAGAGAUUAUUCUCAUCUGCAUCAAUCAGGCUGAUCUUUCUGAGAGAUCUCACCAAGUUGGAUUCAUGAGAGACAUAUAUCAGAGUGCACAGCGGACUCUCAUUUGCUUAUCGACGUCUAACACUCAUGGCAGAGGCAUGGAGUGGUUAGUUGAACUUUUCAACCAAGGCAGAAACUUGGCCGACAAAGGCAGCAAGAUUCCUGGCAUGGACAUGAGUGUUUUUUGUCCAACAGAUGUUGAAUUCGAACAGGGUGUGCUCGCAUUCUGGGAAGAGAUUAUUAAAAGUUCAUGGUGGAGCAGAGCCUGGGUCUUUCAGGAGUUUAUGGUGUCGGCGAAUGCCAACUUUCUUUCAGGUCAUCACCACAUCUCUUGGACGAAGGCCUGGGUCGCAAUCCGGCCGUAUAUCGGUGGUGAACGCCCCCGUGAUGGCGAGGUUUUAUAUGUCGGCUUGUGUUUUCCCCCCCUUGGUUGCACGCCAGGCCAUACAGAGGCCCUGAAACUGCAAGAAAAAGCCAGGUUCAUGCUUAAGACCAAAGCUGAAUGGAAGGGUACUGAUAGCCUAACAUCCAUUCUUGCUCGCUCCCGAAAUUCCAAGGCCUCUGAUGAUCGGGAUCGGGUUUACGCCCUUAUUGGGCUCGCUGACCCCGGUUACGGAAUUACCCCCGACUACUCAGCCGACAUCACCUUGUGUCAUGUCCUCACCCAGACAACCAGAAACAUUAUACUCUUCGAGAAUAGGCUCGAUGUCUUGUUGUUCCUGGACAGUUCCUAUCUGGUUCGAAGACCAGAGCUACCAUCGUGGGUAGUGGACUGGACUAGGGAAGAGCCACUUGGCCAUUCACGUACUUCGUAUCUCGAGAGGGGCACAUUCGGGAGCUAUUUCCGAAAGGAUGGUCAGGCGAUUGUUUCUUUUAGAGAAACCAUCCACCCUGAGACUCUCCACAAAACUACUGUCAUGGAAGUGACGGGUAUUUUUGUCAAAGAGAUACAAUACCUCGACCGACCCUACUAUGGGUUGCCUUCUACAAAAGAUGCGCUCCUCAAAGAGAGGAGAGGGUCUGUAGGCCCUGACGGCCGCGGCUGGACUCAGGUAAGUAAUGGUUACGAGGCCUGGUAUCUUUUUGGGUCGCCUUGUAAAUUCCUCCUACAGCGCGAGUCGUACGGUCAUCGGAUUAUUCGAUGGAUCGACCGUGUUAGCGCGCAUACGAAGUUCCAGACCCGGGACUCGGAGCGAAGAGUCAUUACCAUUUAUUAG